AUGGCUUCCAACGCCGUCAGCAACAUUAAAAUAAUCGCACAGAACCAGCAUACUGAGGCAAUGACCAUGCUGUUUGACUCCGGCGAAGACUCCGACUUCACAGUCAAAUGCGGCAAUCGCGUCUGGCAGCUCCAUCGCGUGAUCCUUCGCUCGGGGUCCGAAUACUUCAAGAACGCAUGUAGUAAGAAAUUCGAGGAGGGAACAAGCGGCAUCGUCGAUCUCAAGGAAGAAGAUCCACAGUACGCAGGUAUACUAUUGCGGUACUUCUAUGCCCUCGACUACCAGAUCGACGACAACGGAAAGCCGCCUCUUGUGGCUCAUGCAUUGGUGUACGCCAUCGCAGACAAGUACGGCGUGGGACAACUGAAGGAUCUUGCCAAAGAAAAAUUCGCAAUGGCCAUCACAACGACCAGAGUUACGGAUAUUCCCUCCUUCAUUGCUGCGAUCGAAGUAGUCUAUACCUCUACUCUGGGCUCGGAUCGAGGCUUGCGCGCCUGCCUCCUUCCAAAGCUGAAAGAAUACAAACAGCAAUUACGAGACAGCGACGAGUUCAUGGCCUUGAUCCUGUCAGGUUUUGGUGAGGGGGAAUUUGCAGUUGAUGUGAUCGAUGCCUGGGCCGGUUUAUGUCGAAUGAGGCGCAGCUAG